CAAUGGACUAAUAUAAUUUCUGUGGCAGGUAAAAGAAGUUUGCGUUGGACAUGAAAAUAAAAACCCAUUUACAUCACCACCUUUUGUUGGCAUUUUUAUUCCUUACAACCCUCCCAGAGAAUUCCUCACUCCUAUCUCCUGCACCCAAUGAUGCACAAGGUACAUGUGUGCUGAAUUUCAAUACGACACAAUAUGUGACAUUUGGUGAGUGCAGCAGUGUGAAAGACGACAUAAACAAAUGGGGUGAGGACGGGUUUCCUACCACCUUGUGCUGUCGAAAUGCUCUCUCGGUUUUGUCCAAUGCAUUGGCCUCGCAAGCCCUUAACUCAACAUCACAAUUGUUCAUUUCCCAAGAUGAAUUACAGAGUUGCACAGAGUCAUUUCAUCCGCAACAAGGGAUGUCACUCGAUUCAUGUGGCUUUGACAACUUGUCCCAAGGCAGUUGCAGAUGCUCCAACUUAGUUUUGCAGGAAGUUCGAAACGUGCAACACUACCAAGACGCGUUGGACAAGUGCUCCCACUUCGAUCAACCCCUUGAUCACUCUUGUGCAGAUUGCACUGGUGCAGUGUUUAGCUUGAUAAAUAGUUUAUAUGCUGAAGAUGCCAAGGGAAAGAACGGUACUGAGAAAGCCAUAUGUGCGGUGGCAACUAUUGUUGCUCUUGCAACUAACGAUCCUUCCAUCAUUGACAAAGUCUUACGUUGCUUCCCUGAUUCAGAAACAAACAAGAGAUCUAUGGUGAAACCCUUGUUGAGUGUGGUAGUGGUUGUCCUUGCAAUAUUUCUUGUGAUUCUUAUGGUCAAAUGUUUGUCCAAGAAGAAGGCUCAUAGGAAGGUUUACUUGAAAGAGAUCACUACAUGGUCUGGAUUGUACUGGUUCUCCCAUACUGAAAUUGAGAAUGCCAUGAACUAUGGUGGUGAAAAGAUAAGCCUUGGACGUGGGAGUGCGGGCCAGGUGUAUAGAGGGGUUCUUCCCAGUGGUCAAGUUGUGGCCAUCAAGCAUUUGACAAAGAGUAACACCUCUGAGUCUUUCACUCGAGAAGUUGAAGGCCUUUCCAGGCUUCGUCAUCCAAACUUGGUGUGUCUCUUUGGAUGUUGCAUAGAAGGGGAUGACAGAUAUUUAGUCUAUGAAUUUUGUGCAAAUGGGAAUCUUGCUCAACAUCUCUUAAGAAGAGAUAGCCACUUGACAUGGGAAACAAGAGUCAGAAUUUUGAGAGAUUGUUCAUUUGCACUCAAGUACCUCCACCAUCAUAUAGAAGGUUGCGUUGUUCACAGAGAUAUAAAGCUUACGAAUAUUCUUUUGACUGAGAAAUACCAAGCCAAACUGUCGGAUUUUGGACUGGCAAAGGUGAUGGGGAUUAAAGAGAGCAAGGUUUUUACUGAUGUCAGAGGAACCAUAGGCUACAUGGAUCCAGAGUACAUGAGUAAUGCCAAGCUAACCUGCGCCAGUGAUGUAUACAGUUUUGGUAUUGUUGCUCUACAAAUUUUGUCAGGACAGAAAGUCAUAGAGUUGGAUCUUGAUGCCAGAGAUCAACUCACUAGGAAGGCAAGAGAUGUGAGUAUGGGAAAACGUCCACUCUCUGAUUUUGAAGACCCCCGGCUAAAUGGAAAAAUUGAUAAGGCAGACUUUGAGGCCAUCCUACAGAUUGCAGUGUUGUGUGUUGCCAAAUCAAGCAAAGGUCGACCAACCAUUGAGGUUGUUUUUGAAGAAUUGGACAAGGUUUGCAAGGACAUGGAAACCCGGAUGAAGCCAAAGCAGGAUGAGAGUUCAUCAACAAUAUCCACCCCAAGCUCCAAAUCCUCCAAAUGACUCCCCUGUGACAUAAAGGGUAUUGUGCUGGUUGCUAUACACGUGUGUGUGAUGAAACUUGCAAAUGUAGUGUAAAUGGAAAUUAGAAGAUGAAAAGAUGUAUCUUGUUGCAUAUAAUACUAUUUUCAGCAUAUAACUAUUACGAAGGUACAAAAUUAGGAGUGUGACGUACGUACAAAAAUUUCCCUUAUGGCUCUCUCUUGGUCACAGAUCUGAACUCUUCCUGCAAAAGGUGUUCUGCCAAACUGCAGGUUCUACAAAAUAAUUCAUGUGGUGGCAAAAGAAACAAAAUUGUUGUUGCAAGCGUGUUAUAGACUUAUAGUAAUGGCAAUAUAAAUUCACAGCUACUUUUUUUUCUUCUUAAUUUUAUUGCGGCAUCUGCCAGUUCCACAAUAAUAAUGUAUA